CUGAGUUUCUACUACACUGCUUCAGUCUGGAGGAUCAGACCCCAUCAUACUACACAGACCAAAUCCAGUCAUAUUGACACACACUACAGCAGAACACCAACCCAUCUUUCCUCUGUCUCUCCCGACCCUGCUGUCACCAUGGACAUGACACCUCUGCUACUCCUACUCUGUGCCGGUGGCUUCUGCACAGUCAGACUCAGCCGCCUCAGAGAGUUCACCCUCAGUGAAACGAAGGUCAAUUCGACAGAAGCACAGACAAACUGCCAGAAGAACUAUUCUGAUCUAGUCACUGUGCACAACCAGGAGGAUUAUGAGCAGCUGAUACAGUUAAUGACAUCUGACAAAAUCGAUCGUGCCUGGAUAGGUCUGCAUCGCACACAGCCCAGUCUGGUGUGGUCUAAUGGAGACCCUGUGAAUGACACUGCAUGGUCACCUCCUAAUUACACAAAUCCAAACUGUGUAGCAAUCAACCCUAAUGUAACAUGGGAGAUAUGUUUUCAAGAGAAAAACGUCAUGUGUUAUAAAAAAGAAUCAUUCCACCUAAUCAAUGAAACAAAGACCUGGGAUCAAGCUCUGGACUACUGCAAUAAGAACUACCAUGGACUGCUUCGGUUGGAGUCUGAGGCUGACCACAAGAUUGUUGAGCAGAAACUGAGUCGUAGUGUGAAACUUGUACCUGGUCCUGUGUGGGUGGGUCUAAGGCAGAGCCGUCUCUUUGGGUUUUGGCUCUGGACCAAUGGGAUGCCAGUGCAGUGGAGUAACUGGGAGGGGUACAGACAGCCUAAACAGCCUCUGUCCAACCACUGUGGUGCCAUGGCAACGUGGAGAUCAAGAUCGCCACACUGGAAGGAUGAAUGUGACUAUACCAGCCAGAAUACAGCAUGAUAUUAUAGUAUGGCAACUUUAUAUGAACUUUGAACUCUUUGUCAAAGGACAAGGGAGAGCUCUGCUGGGCAACCCAGCCUUUCAGCUUCGACCAAUCUAUCGAAGCGCAGUUCAGAGUAAAUAUUUCUUUCAUGUUCCUUUUCCAAAUGGGCGGUUAUUUAGAAUGCAUAAGAUUAUGUAUUUACGAUAGCAUAGCUUCAUGAGGUCCGAUAGAGACCCAAUCCUUUUGUUCCUCAGUCUUCCUGUGCUUUCAUUCAAACCCAACCCCCUUUCUUUGUGUAACCAGCUGUCAUAUCGGUUCCGUCCGCUAGGGACAUUUUCUUGUAUGACAUAAUUAGUAAUCACUGUAUGAUCCAUCCUGUGUAUAUGUAAUUAUGUGUGAUUAUUUAGGUAUUUAGUAAAUAAUUAUUGCUAUUGCUGUUUCAACUUGUUAGCCAGGGUUUGUGAAGAUAACCAAGAUUUUUACGACGUUCAGAUGAGACGGAAUAAGGUGACGAUUGAUAAUUGACUACUUUUGAUAUAAAAGAUUACCAGAUCUUUAAGAGUUUAUCCGGAAGACAACAGCUCUAUAAACAUUCUCACGUGGUGCCCUGACUUCUUAGUUAAUUACAUUUAAUUUAGUUAGUUUAAUCAGGUAAUAUUAAUUACAGAGAAUUGAUUUGAUAAAAUAGCAUGUCAUAUAUCAGUUAAUCCAUAGCAAAGAAACGACACUGUAUUGAAUUAUACAUUUUUUACAUUUAAAUAUUGAUGUCACAAAUGUAUCAUUUGUACAGUUACUUAAAAAUUUAGUUUUUUUGUUACAUUUGACUGUGUAAAACAGUACUACUUAUUUAUCUUUGAUACAUAGCAUUUUGCAAAAAAACAUGCUUAUUAGUCUCUUGGAAAUGAAACCAUCAGGUGAUAGAAAUGGAAUUGUUUAAAAUCUGUCAUUGAACAACCCCAUGCCACGAUUAGAUAGUAAAAUAAAUACACCAAUCUCUUUCAUAAUUUAUUUAAACAAGAAAAGCUAAUCUGCUAGCAUUUCUGAAAAUGGAUAUGUAGCGUUUAGGAAUGAAACUCUUCAAGUAUAAGUAAGUAGGGUUAGUAAGACAGAAGCAUUAGUAUAAGUUUAAGUUUAACCAACUCACUGUCACAAAUGAUCAUUAAACAGAAACAAAUUAGACACAUGAAAAAGUCACAUUUUUCAUGUCCACCACACAAUUCUGCGUACAGUGCAAUUCAAUCACAGAUGAAGCAAUGCACAUGAGGUGGCAAUUUGUGCAAAUAUGUAUUUGCGUUUUGUGUUUUUGUGUGGCUUAAUUUGUGUGAAAAGACUUGAUUUGUAAGAAAAGAUGCACAUUUUUGUGCAACUUCAUUUACAGGAAAAUACAUUUUUGUAGGACAAAUUGAGGAAUAAUCUUUUAAAAGUUAUUAGAGCAAUGUAUGAUGGGCAAUGGUUUUCUAUACUGACUUUUUUUGUGUGCCCCAAAUAUAUUUAUAUUUAUAAAAAAAGUUAACCACUCAAUAUGGUUAAUCAAACAGGUUCUCACAAAAACAAUUGAAAUAAAAUAGUAGCUUUACUUUGUAGUUUUUUAAAUGAAUACCAAUACCGCUUUGUAUGCCUGUUUUCAAUUCAUACUUUUGGAUACUGUUGCACAUUUAUAAUGUAGGCAACAGUAGAUCUACAUGAUUCCUUCGUAAGGCAUUUCAUAUUUGCACAUCGCUACAUACGGAUCGUUAUUGGAUUUUCCGUGAAAGAGUAACGGUUAAUGUGAUUGGAUGUUAAUUAUUUGACUAGGCUACCUGUAUUUGACAUUGUGCUGUUAUUUCGCUGAACACUAGAUGGUUUAAUUGUAUUUUUGGCAGUGAAACGAGGCUACUCAGGCGAG